AUGAACCAAGAAACCAUCCAGCAAAAGAUCCAGCUCGCCCGACGCGACGCUGAGGCGCUCAAGGACAGGAUAAAGCGCAAGAAGGAUGAGCUGGCUGACACCACCCUUCGCGAUGUCGCCAGAGACCGUGUCGAGGCUCUGCCGCGCCUCACCAUGAAGACGAAGCGCACCCUCAAGGGCCAUCUUGCCAAGAUCUACGCCAUGCACUGGUCGACCGACCGCAGACAUCUCGUUUCCGCUUCGCAGGACGGAAAGCUCAUCAUCUGGGACGCUUACACGACGAACAAGGUCCACGCCAUCCCCCUGCGCUCAUCCUGGGUCAUGACAUGCGCCUACUCGCCGUCUGGCAACUACGUGGCCUGCGGUGGUCUCGAUAACAUCUGCUCCAUCUACAACCUGUCGGCUCGGGAAGGCCCAACACGCGUGGCGCGCGAGCUGUCUGGCCACUCGGGCUACCUCAGUUGCUGCAGAUUCAUCUCCGACAAGCGCAUCCUCACAUCGUCGGGUGACAUGACCUGUGUGCUAUGGGAUCUCGAGACCGGCUCCAAGGUACAUGAAUUUGCCGACCAUCUCGGCGACGUAAUGAGCUUGAGCAUCAACCCGCUCGACCACAACCAAUUCGUCUCUGGUGCUUGCGACGCUUUCGCCAAACUGUGGGACAUCAGACAGCAGAAGUGCGUGCAGACCUUUGCCGCGCACGACUCCGACAUCAAUGCUAUCCAAUUCUUCCCCAACGGUAACGCCUUCGGUACCGGUUCCGACGACGCCUCUUGCCGUCUGUUCGACAUCCGCGCCGACCGCGAGCUUGCGUCAUACCAGAUUCCCGAGCCAGUUUGUGGUAUUACAUCCGUCGCCUUUUCCGUUUCCGGAAGACUGCUAUUCGCAGGUUACGACGACUUUGAGUGCAAGGUUUGGGACGUACUUCGCGGCGAACGCGUUGGCACAUUGCAAGGACACGACAACCGCGUCAGCUGUCUCGGUGUCAGCAACGACGCGCUUAGUCUGUGCACUGGUUCAUGGGACUCGAUGCUGCGCAUCUGGGCAUAA